AUGGAAACCCAGGAAGACAGCCUUGAUUUAACCUAUAUAAAAAAUGCAGCCUUAGGCCUCAAUGAAUCUCAAACGUCGCUGAACAGACACACAGCGUUUGCAAUUACGCGACGCCUGACAUCCAAGGCCGCGGAUUAUGGUCCAAUAUUUGAAUAUGGAAAGCUCAGCAAACAGUCUUUGGCUGCUGCAGAGAAACCUACCUGUUCUCCUACCUCGAGCGUAAAACACGAUCUCUCUGAUGAGCACGACAAACAACCGACGCACAACGCAGCCAUGUCGAGCAUAAAAUCUUCUAGGCUGUCAAGGUCGAAUACCACGCCAGAGCCCCAGGAUGGAGAAAGAUCACCCUCAGGGAGCUUUUUGGGCGAUACCCAACCGGUUUCUCAGUCCGUUUACGAGGGUUUAUUGAAUAGCAGGACCAUGGAGGAUAACUCUACGGAGGGGCCAUUUAUACAUAUUAUUGAAGGCACAGAUGGCGGGACUACACAAAUGACACUCAAUGAGGGCGACACUGGGCAUGUGGAUUUGUUUUCUGAAUUUGACAACGCCGCGGGGCCCGAUAACCCCCACGAGGACAGAGGGUCGCAGGCUUCUGAUAUCGGAAAUUCCUCUCCAACGCAGUAUGAGCCAUUUCCGGAGUCACAACGUUUCAAUACCAGCACACCGGCGGUGCAAGCAGGCCGAAGCUUUUCAAAUCUCGCAAAUACUGUUACUCCAUCGACCGUUCGGAACCCAUUCAAACCAGAAAAUAAGACCCCAGGGUCUGUCAUGGCGUUAAGCCAGCUUUUUAACGCAACGCAGGCUGCAUCAUCCCCUUCUGCCCGUAUGCCCCGGCUGGAGCUACCCUCUGAUAUGCCAUCACCAAAUAUCCCUAUCCAGCGGCCAAUGCGUACCCCAUUCUCGUCCAUUGCUUUAACUUCCUCAAUAUCCCGACCUGACCCGAUAGAACCAGAAGCAAAUUAUAUAUCAAUGAUGGAAUCGCAAACUGAGCGAGAAAAACGAAGUUUAAGACAACAAUCCGAGCCCGGUCUCAUUGACAGGGACGACGAUAUAUUUCAAGAUGGAGAAUCGGCUAUUGAACGCCGGAUACGGCAGAUGCAAUCUAAAAACGAGGCUCGGAAAGAGUUUGAAAAUAUCAAAGCUCCGGCGAGGGCGGUUUCGCGGAGAAACUCCAAACGAAGCGUCUCAUCUUCGCCGCCUCUAGCUGCUCUCCAUACUGUUCAUAGAGAGAAGGCUCUACGGCCGGUGCUAGAGAGCAACGAUGAAGAGCAAGCUAUCAACACUGACCGAGGGGAGGACAGUGAAGUUGAAACAGAACAAGAGGAAAUUUGCAUGAUUCCUCAACCACGCAGCUCCCAGCGCACCCAAUCGUUUGGUGAAGAGGACAAGGAAAAUGUUGACAGUGGCCCCGUCCAGACUUCAAAUAUUGCUGUUAGUACGCAUAGUGCGCUAUCCACGGUCCUGGACCUUGAUCAGAGUCCAUCAGCCAACCGUCAAAGGGCCGCUGGGUUGCUCUGUUCUCCCACGGAAAGGCUAUCUGUUGGCCAUGCUCCAAAUUCUGGGCAAGGAAUACGUCCACCGUGGGCUUCACAGCCAGAAACAAGCGGGAAUUCUUGGGAUUUUGUCCUUCAAUAUGGCACACAGGGGAAAGAAUUAGCUCGGGAUACGACGUUUUUAGGUCAUAGAAUCACGUCGAAUGAUCACGAAAGGAGACGGAGGGGCCUGCUCAAACGAAUACCCUCGUCACCCCCUAUACAGGAUAUCGACAGAAUUAUCCAGAGCCAGCCUGAUGAUGAUGACGAGUUAUCGGUACCCCAGAUUCAGCCUUCACCCUCACCCUUACCGAAAGCGGUUAACCAGAGUCUACUUUCUUCCCAUCACCCAACUCAUGAUAAGGAUGACUCUGAGUUGCAAAAGCCGGGCAAAGAGUCUUCUAUAACUUCACGAGUCUUCGAGACCCCCUCCCAACCAAUCUUAGAUACGAGAGACUUGUUACGAACGAUUCCUGAGACCAGUCCUGCCGGCCAGCGACGCUCCCUUUCCCGGCCUAUUACCGUUGCCGGCCACCUUGCACGGGUUGAUGAGACUGUUGAUGGAACGGAUGAGGAUGAUAACCUGCCCGAUCCGCCACGAUUCAGGGGCUCCGGCAUAUUACAAUCACUUGGGUCUCAGGAGCUUGCGGCCAGCCGUACAUCUCGUCGUGUUCAAGCAAUCUUAUCCAGCCCCAGUGGACGCCAGCGGAGGAGUAUGACGGCUAUUGCCUCGGACGAAUCCCCACGACCAGCGGUUUCCGAUAUCCCUAUAAACGAAAUCCGUUUAAUCAACGCAGAAGAUCGAAUGUUUCAAUCAAUGAUUGCUUCCGGCGGUUCCCCCUUCAAAAGGAGACGAGGAAAUGAUGGCAGGAGAAUCGAGAGUCUUGUGCAAACCCACCAACGUUCUUUAGCUAACGAGCUAGACAAUACUUCCACACAAAUUCAUAUGUCCCCGGUUGAUCAUGGGGCUGACGAGCCACUCAAAUCUCCUCAAACAACACCUAGACCCCCGCCUCAGACAUUAGAAUCUCCCAGUGAUGAAGACGCCACUGAUAUUUGGGACGUUGUGGUUUCUCCCCAAAAGGAGACCCAGAAGCCCGAGCCUCCUCGAACCGUCAAUAACACACAGAAGAAGGUGCAAAAAGAUGGCCUGACUCAUUCACGAAAAAAAUAUAAGGUACUCGAAGCAGUGGUUAUCCAACAUCCAUCAAGCUCGUCCUUAACUCCACUCGAAGCCCUAUCCCGCACCCCCAGCUCGCCCUCUCUACAAACCAGAACAGAGCCAAGUAGCUCGAUACAUGAACUUGACCAGAACUUAGAGGAGGCCAAUAAAGAAGUUAUAGCUGCAAAUCACAUCUUCGCCUUCUUCAACGGUCGGCCCACUGGAUAUUACCCAGCUGUCUGUGUUGCUACCUCUGAUGGCGUUACCAGUCAGCGGAUUCUUGUUCGCUUUGAAGACUCCGACAAACCCGAGAAAAUUGAUAUUCGGGGGGCUAAAACCUUGGAAUUGAAAAUCGGCGACAUUGUAAAGGUCAACCUCCCCGAUGUGCCCAAGGUUCCGCACUAUGUUACAGGAUUCGGCACGAAAAUACAAUCGCCCAUCGAUCCGGACGAAAAUAUGAGUGAUUGGGAUAAACAGAUGUCUGACAUCUACGGCCAUACAACCGUUCGCUUGAAACGAAAGUUGACUAAAAUUGUACCCAAAGUAAAGAUCCCGCGGAGUAUAUCCGUUCCCAUUUCUAAGAUAUACAUGGAUCAAAACUUAUGGUCUCGGUUUGGAGAACGUCCUUACUCGCCUAGGUCCUCACUACUAAGGGAUUCACGAUCAGCUGUGCACCAGACCAUGGAGCAAAGUAUGCAGAGUCGCAUCACCCAAGCUUCACAGACUCCGAACCUUGAACCUGAACGAACGGGCAUAUUUUCUGGGAUGGCUUUUGCUCUUUCCUACUCCGGGAAUGAGAAAAGAGGAAAAGAUGUCGAGUCCAUGCUUUCUGAUAACGGCGGAGUAAUCCUCAAGGACGGCUUUGAUCAGUUAUUCGAACAUUCUUCGUGGGCACUCGCGCUGCCUACUUCCACGGCUGAACAGGUUAAAACCGAAGGGCCCCUAACACUGACCCCAAGGGCUAAAGAGAUGGGUUUUACGUGCCUAAUCACCGACCAGUACUCCCGGCGCGCCAAAUACAUGCAGGCCUUGGCUCUUAAUCUGCCUUGCCUUGCUGGCCAGUGGGUGUACGAGUGUAUCGAAAAACAGAAAGUCGUGGAAUGGGAGCCAUAUCUUCUUGCUGCAGGAUCCUCUAUAUUCCUUGACAAUGCCGUGAAAUCUCGGAUCCUCACUUCAUAUCCUCCAUCCGCAGCUAAGCUCUUCGACACAAUUUCUGUCCGCCCGAGGGUCUUUGCCAACCAGUUUAUGCUGUUUGUAAUGGGCCGCAAGCAAGCAGCACAGCAACGAAAAGCCUACGCGUUUCUCACUUGUGCAUUGGGUGCUGAGCGGGUUUACCCCGUUCAAACGCUUCAAGCUGCUCUUGAUAUAAUAUCCCAGGCUACAGACCUAGAUCCUAAACCAAAGGGUUGGGAAAAUGGGAGUAGCAGCUGGGACUGGAUAUACGUUGGUGACGAGAGUGCCGCCGCAACGGCGCGGGGGGCUCUAUCCAAGCUACAAUCCGCCUCUGCCGUUGCGCAUGAAGAGGAGGGCUGA